AGGCCAAAAACUAAUUUAAUUAACAAAUACGCAAACAAUGGACUUUCAAAGGUUUAUCUGCCCUUCUUAGCUAACAGAGCCUUUGAAACACAGACUACAAAUAGUUUGGGCCUGCAUGUGGCAAGACGGUAGAUCGUCACGCGAAACAAAAACUCACAGAGGUCAACACUUCAACCGUAAGAUAGCUCGGAUACACCAAAGACUAGUAUCGCUCCUUGUUUGUAAAUCUUAGCUCAUUAUCUACCCGACUCCGCCCACUAAGAAGAACCGCCUUAUGAAAAUAUACGUUUUCAUGGUUCAAGAAAAGAGUGCUAUAUAUGCCUGGUGUUGUUGUCCAUUCUAAAGGAAAUUUUCUGGUUUAUUCUGCAGGCUGAGCUGGGGUUUGUUUAGCUGUGAAACCAGGAACCGAGUGUUUACAUGUGGCCCCUGGGGGGUGAUCAGGGUGGCAAUUGAUUCAUUAUUUAUGGUUCGAAAGCGUGGAAUCCCAUUGAAGAAUAUCCAAAUCACUGAGACCACAAUUGUCACGGAGAUUUGACACAUUGAACCGUCUAAACUUUUACACCGUUGAGUUAAAAGCUCUUCCGUCAGAUUGCUUUGUGAUGAUGACCCAGCACUUGCACGCGAGUUUGUCCCUCGGGAAUUUACCCCUUGGCAAGCGGGAGGACGGCGAAGGUUUGGAAUCGUGCGAGAAAACGUGUGAAGAGCUUUCCACCUUGGAAAACACUGCAGUCGAUUCGCUGCUUAGAGACACAAUCACAGAACUCCAAAAAGCUCUUUACGAAUCAAAGCGACUACUUGCCGAACGAGACACGGAGAUUUUAACCUUGCGUAAUGAACUCGAAGAAUCGCGAAAGAAAUCGGAAGGCGGCCGAAGCUUCGUGAUCGAAGACGAGUUUAAGAAAUCGCAAAUGAAGGUGAUUGAUUUGGAGAAGACUGUUCAUCAAUUACAGCAGGACAUAACCUCGCAUAAGACACAAGAAAAGGAGGAAUUUAUCAACAAGCUGAAUGCCGGAGAACCAGGCGAAUUAUGCUAUUGCGGCUCGAUCUGUUUGGCAAUGAAAGAAGUGGUUGAUUUAAAGCGAAAAUUGCAUCACACUGAAUACAAGUACUUACAACUCAAGAAAAAUAUUCGGUCAAAAGAGAGGGAAGCGAGGGAGAGGAAUCGAGUCAAAGUGGGCGUUGCUCACAGAGAUAGCCCAUGCACGGUCAGCUAGAGAAAAACGACGAGGAGUUAUAUUUAUUUAGCGUCUAAGUGUCAAGAAGAGGUACGCUACGGUGCGUCGCUACUAUAUUUCAUUUAUUUGUAUAUAAAUUGAACCAAAUUGACAAAUCAUAUUAUCUAUUGUCCCUUGUACAAAUUAAACCAAAGUCUGCAACAAGGUGUGAUACUAGAUUAAGAGGACCUGUAAGGUUUAGAGGGACUGGCCCUAAAAAUAGAAAAACUCUGACUUAAAAAGAAAAACAAGCAUUAGACGACGAAAAAGCUUGGACAUUAUCUUAAAGCUUUUUCCGAAAAAAGGAAAAUAAUAUGUAAAUUAACCUUAAAAACUAUCUAUAAACUAUCUUUGCUUUCAUAAGGAAGGCUGGAGACAAGAAAGUAAAAACAAAAGCGACAUAAAUCAAAGUUUGCCAUCGU